GAGGGCCCCAGCGUUGCAACAUCAACAGCAACGCCACCGUCAACGGCAACAAUCUCAAGGGUAACAACAGCCAUAGCCAGGCGCGAUAGCAAUGAUGCCGUCACUUCCUCCUCCCCCCGCAGGCCCUCCCCACACCACCUCCCAUGUCCCAAGAAAAAGGAGGAGAAAGAGGAAGAAAUAGAGGAGGAAGGGAUUAUUCAGGAAGAGAGGAUUGAGGAGGAGGAGAAGGUGCUGGAGUGUCAAGAGGAUGAUGAGGACGACGAUGACGAUGACGAUGACAGCAGUGAUACCAGUGUGUUAGUUGUGCCCUACCCUGAGCUGGCACCUGUGGUCUUCUUCUGCCUCAAACAGACAACCUGUCCUCGUAGCUGGUGCAUACGCAUGGUCUCCAGCCCAUGGUUCGAACGUGUGAGUAUGAUGGUGAUCUUGUUGAACUGUGUGACCCUGGGAAUGUACCAGCCCUGUGAGAACAUCGACUGCUCCUCGGACCGAUGCCAAAUACUGCAGGCUUUUGAUGCAUUCAUUUACAUCUUCUUUGCCCUGGAGAUGGUUAUCAAGAUGGUCGCCCUGGGAAUCUUUGGUCGACACUGUUACCUCGGGGACACGUGGAACCGACUGGAUUUCUUCAUCGUCAUGGCAGGGAUGGUUGAAUACUCGCUGGACCUGCAGAACGUCAACUUCACCGCCAUCAGAACAGUGAGGGUACUGCGGCCUCUCAAAGCAAUCAACAGGGUGCCAAGCAUGCGAAUCCUCGUGAACCUGCUGCUGGACACUCUGCCCAUGCUGGGUAACGUCCUCCUCCUCUGCUUCUUCGUCUUCUUUAUCUUCGGCAUCAUCGGCGUGCAGCUGUGGGCAGGGCUGCUAAGGAACCGCUGCUACCCGGAGGAGAACUUUACACUCACUACAGGUAUCACUCUGCCUCGGCCGUACUACAUGGCUGAUGAAGAUGACGAGCGACCCUUCAUCUGCUCCCUGCCAGUUGACAAUGGCAUCAUGUCCUGUUCUGAUGUCCCUGCCCGCCGCGGAGGAGGCAGGGCGUGCUGCCUGGACAAAGACGAUGCCCUGUACCGUCAGUCACUGGGCCUGAGCCCCGAGCCUCUGGCCAAUGGCAGUGUCAGUGUGGCAGGACUCUGUGUCAACUGGAACCAGUACUACACCAGGUGUCAUACUGGGUACAGCAACCCCCAUAAAGGAGCCAUCAACUUUGACAACAUCGCCUAUGCCUGGAUUGUCAUCUUCCAGGUGAUCACUCUUGAAGGCUGGGUGGAGAUCAUGUACUAUGUGAUGGAUGCUCACUCCUUCUACAACUUCAUCUACUUCAUCCUACUGAUUAUUGUUGGGUCCUUCUUCAUGAUUAACCUGUGCCUCGUGGUAAUCGCCACCCAGUUCUCAGAAACAAAGCAGAGGGAGCACCAGCUGAUGCAGGAGCAGCGAGCACAGUGUUCGUCCUCCUCCACCCUGGCCAGUGAACCCGGGGACUGCUAUGAGGAACUCUUCCAGCUGGUAUGUCACAUCCUCCGCAAGGCCAGGAGACAAACUGUUGUCCUUUUCAACACCCUGCGGGGGAAACCGCGCGGCUUUCGGGGUGUCGGAAGAGGAAGAGGAGGUGAAGAAUGGAGGAACAGGAAAGCCAAUGGGAGGGGAGGACGUGAGAGGAGAGCAGUGACGAGGCACGGUCCACCCUGUCCCCACCAUAGCAGACCUGACCACGCAUCACCCGUGGCCCUCACCGCCACCUCUGCCACCGAUGGCUGCCCUCAGUGCGCCACAGCCCUGUCGCUCGCUGAUGGGGUGGGACCAGCUCGCAGUGCAGCAAAUGACGAAGCAGAAGAAGGAGCUGUAGAGGAAACAGACAGGGAAGGGGGACAAUCUGGUGGUAAGGAGAAGGGCGAGAAUGACAAGGAAGGAGCAGGGAGCCAUGGAGGGUGUCUUCCUAAGAAGGGAUGCAGGGAGAUAUGGCAUGACAUCAGAAUGAAGCUGUGGGGAAUCGUGGAGAGCAAGUACUUCAAUCGAGGCAUCAUGAUCGCCAUCCUGAUCAACACCAUAAGCAUGGGCAUAGAGCACCACGAGCAGCCAGAGGAGCUCACUAAUGUUCUGGAGAUCUGCAACAUCGUCUUCACCAGCAUGUUUUCCUUGGAGAUGAUCCUCAAACUCACUGCAUUUGGCUCCUUCAGCUACUUGAGAAACCCCUACAAUGUCUUUGAUGGAAUCAUCGUCAUCAUAAGUGUGUGUGAGAUCAUCGGCCAGUCCGAUGGCGGUUUGUCUGUGCUGAGGACCUUCAGACUGCUGAGGGUGCUGAAGCUAGUGAGGUUCAUGCCAGCUUUGAGGAGACAGCUGGUGGUCCUCAUGAAGACCAUGGACAAUGUGGCCACCUUCUGCAUGCUGCUGAUGCUCUUUAUCUUUAUCUUCAGUAUCCUGGGGAUGCACAUCUUUGGCUGUAAGUUCAGUCUCAAGACAGAGACCGGUGACACCGUGCCUGACAGGAAGAACUUUGACUCCCUGCUCUGGGCUAUUGUCACUGUUUUCCAGAUUCUGACUCAGGAGGACUGGAAUGCGGUUUUGUACAAUGGUAUGGCAGCCACUUCACCACUUGCUGCUCUUUACUUCGUGGCCCUGAUGACAUUUGGAAACUACGUCCUCUUCAACCUGCUGGUGGCCAUCUUGGUUGAAGGCUUUCAGGCAGAGGGUGACGCCAAUCGUUCUUAUUCGGAUGACGACCACUCCUCCUUUGAUGAGAGCGAGAAACACGACUCCAUAAAGUUGUCUGACCCAAGGAUCUGCACACUGACACCCAAUGGCCACCUGGAGCUGGGGGCUCUUUCAGGGCCCAGGGGAUCCUACUCCUCAGAGAGGCGGAGUUUCACCAUGGAGUCCAGAAAGAGCAGUGUGAUGAGUCUGGGCAAGAGCAGCCUGGAGAGACGCUCCCUUUGUCAUGGUCGCAGUCCCAACUACCACAACUGGGGGCGCCCUCUCCCUCCACACUCAGCUUGGAGCCGCAGGUCUAGCUCAAACAGUCUAGGUCGGAGGAGCUACGGGUUUGGUGGGGCUCCUCUGGUGGGAGGCAGCCUCCGCGUGCACAGCACCCGUUCCCCCUACUCCUACACCUAUGCCGCCGAGCAGGAGUCCCUUCUCUCCCAUCCACCCCACUCCCAUCACGGUCUACCCCCUCAUCAUCCGCCUCCGCCCCCGCUGUUCCUCUCCAGACACUCUUUUGCCAGAAGGGAUCGGCGGGCUCUGUCCCUGGAGCUUCCAGAGCUGCUUCGGGCAGGUGGACAGCCCCCGGGCCUGCCCCCUUUCCACCCGGAUCAUGGGAGGAGGACUGGGUCUGGGGCAGGGGCAGGGGGAUCCAUCACUGGAGGGUCUGGGGCUGGUAGUUUAGGAGUGGACCACCGGGAUUGUAACGGCAAGGCACCGGGUCCCCACACGCAGCUCAUGACUGAGGUUUUUCCUCAAGUCAAUGCACGCAAGGACAGAGCAGACCUGGAUGAAGAGACAGAUUAUAGUUUGUGUUUCCGUAUCCAGAAGAUGAUGGAGGUGUACAAGCCAGACUGGUGUGAAACUAGAGAGGAGUGGUCCGUGUACCUGUUCUCCCCUCAGAACAAGUUCAGACUGCUCUGCCAGUCCAUUAUCGCCCAUAAGCUCUUUGACUACGUGGUUCUGGCCUUCAUCUUUCUCAACUGCAUCACAGUGGCUCUGGAGAGGCCCAAGAUAAUGCAAGGCAGUCUGGAAAGGCUGUUUCUCACCAUUUCCAACUACAUCUUUACUGCCAUCUUUGUUGCGGAGAUGACUGUCAAGGUGGUGUCCAUGGGUCUGUACCUGGGGGAGAAAGCCUAUCUGAGAAGCAGCUGGAACAUUCUCGAUGGUUUCCUCGUGUUCGUGUCUCUGAUUGACAUUGUGGUGUCCAUGGCGGGCGGGGCUAAGAUCCUGGGGGUUCUGCGGGUACUCAGGUUGCUCAGGACGCUGCGCCCCCUCAGGGUGAUCAGCAGAGCUCCAGGGCUGAAGUUGGUAGUCGAAACCCUCAUCACAUCCCUCAAGCCCAUCGGCAACAUCGUCCUCAUCUGCUGCGCCUUCUUCAUCAUCUUUGGUAUUCUUGGUGUUCAGCUCUUCAAAGGGAAGUUCUACUACUGUGUGGGUUUCGACGUGAAGAACAUCACUAACAAAUCUGACUGCCUGGCUGCCAACUAUCGAUGGGUUCACCACAAAUACAACUUUGACAACCUUGGACAGGCUCUAAUGUCCCUGUUUGUGCUGGCCUCAAAAGACGGCUGGGUCAACAUCAUGUACCACGGACUGGAUGCAGUGGGGAUAGACCAACAGCCUUUGACCAACAACAAUCCAUGGAUGCUGCUCUACUUCAUCUCCUUCCUCCUGAUUGUCAGCUUCUUCGUCCUCAACAUGUUUGUGGGUGUGGUGGUGGAGAACUUCCACAAGUGUCGCCAGCACCAGGAGGUGGAGGAGGCCAGGCGACGAGAGGAGAAACGCCAGCGUCGAAUGGAGAAGAAGAGGAGAAAGGCCCAGAAGCUACCCUACUAUGCGUCAUACGGCCAAGCCCGCCUGGCGAUCCACACUCUGUGUACCAGUCACUAUCUGGACCUGGUCAUCACCUUUAUCAUCUGUAUCAAUGUCAUCACCAUGUCUCUGGAGCACUACAGUCAGCCCCAGUCCCUGGAGACUGCUCUGAAGUACUGCAACUACUUCUUCACCUCCACAUUUGUGAUUGAGGCCACUCUGAAACUGGUGGCCUUUGGCUUUCGACGCUUCUUCAAGGACAGGUGGAACCAGUUGGACCUGGCAAUUGUUCUGCUGUCAGUAAUGGGCAUUACCCUGGAGGAGAUUGAGAUCAACGCCUCCCUUCCCAUCAACCCCACCAUCAUCAGGAUCAUGAGGGUACUCAGGAUAGCAAGAGUGCUGAAGCUGUUGAAAAUGGCAACCGGGAUGAGAGCUCUGCUAGAUACAGUGGUCCAGGCUCUGCCUCAGGUGGGAAACCUCGGUCUGCUCUUCAUGUUGCUGUUUUUCAUCUACGCAGCUCUGGGAGUGGAGCUGUUUGGAGAGCUGGUGUGUAACGCUGACUACCCGUGUGAAGGAAUGAGCCGACAUGCCACCUUUGAAAACUUUGGAAUGGCCUUCCUCACACUCUUCCAGGUUUCCACCGGCGACAACUGGAAUGGCAUCAUGAAGGACACACUGAGGGAGUGCCCACCGAGUCAUCCUGACACUGAUUAUGGCUGCCACGCUGGACUACAAUUCAUCUCCCCGAUGUAUUUUGUAUCAUUCGUGCUCACGGCGCAGUUUGUACUGAUCAACGUGGUGGUGGCCGUGCUGAUGAAGCACCUGGACGAUUCCAACAAGGAGGCGCAGGAGGACGCUGAGAUGGACGCAGAGAUCGAGCUGGAGCUGGCUCAGGGGGGCCUCUGCUGCAUGAUGGGGGGCAUUGGCGCUAUCGCUGGAGCAACAGGUGCUGCUGCGAGCGGGGCCGGCGUGGGCGGAGGAGCGUCCGGUGCAAUUACAGUGGGGACAGUCGGAGGUACAAGUAGCGGGGUGAUUGCACCACUACGAGAUCCAGGAGGAGGCGGUGCAGCUCAUGAGGGACACACACACCGUCGAUGUCGGCUCUACUCUCCUGCUCAGGAGAGCCAGUGGCUGGACAGUGUGUCUCUGCUGAUUAAGGACUCGUUGGAAGGGGACAUGAUUGACAACCUGUCUGGUUCAGUUUUCCACCACUACUGCUCUCCUCCUGUCUGUAAGGACUGUAAGAGUCAUCCACAAGAGCAGGUUCACCUGGCGGAGGUGGAGCAGGCAUCACUGAUGUCAGAACAGCUGUCAGACAAGUCGUCGUCCCCGGCUCUGCCUGAUGACCUCAGCCUGGAUGAACACAGCAGCUACCAGCUGCUGGUAAGAGACAGCCAGAGGGGCAGCAGUGACUCCCAUAGUUCGGAGGAGUUGCCCAUCCAGGGGGGCUACACGGGGCGUCAUCCCGCCAGCUCAGGAAGUGAGGAGAGGAUCCAGGAGUUGUUUGAGGUGGGCGUCCAUCCUCAGUUGAAUCCUCCCUCGUCUGAGCGGCCGAGCCCGGCACAUUGCACAGAUGGGGAUGGAGGAAGCUGCAGUGGAGGCGGUGGCGGUGGCGGUGGCGGGUCUUCACCCGUCUUCCACCUACCAGCAGACUUCUUCCACCCAGCUGCCGCGGCUCAUCCGGGCAGCCCUGGGAACAGUGUUAGCCCGGGAGACAGAGGGCCAUCCAGGUUGCCCUCCCCAGCCUCCUGGGCCUCCCUCCGCUCACCCGGAGCCAACAGCAGGCCCCUGAGCUCUCAGCACCCGUCCCACAGUGACUCCUCCCUGGCCACAGGCAGUUCAGAGGGCAGCCUGCAGACCACUCUAGAGGAAGGGCUCAGCUUCAGCGUGUCCCCACCUCGAGAUCUGGAUCUCCCCAUGCCUCACCUCUGCCCCCUCCCCACUCACCCCCUACACCCCCAGGGACCGGCCACAGGAGACCAGGGCCCUCCUUUAUUAAAGAGACGCAGUACUACUUUUACCCUACAAGCCACCAGAGGGCACCAAAGGAGCCAGAGCAGCUGCGGUGGCGGCAGCACUAGCCCCGGCUGCCCCCGGCAGGACUCCAUGGACCCCUCAGAUGAGGACGUGGGCACGGGGACGGGUGGGGACAGCUGCCGCCAGACCCUCAACAGCGAACACUUGUCAGAAACACUGAACAGCCUCUCACUGACAUCACUGCUCACCCCAGGCUCUCUGGCGCCCCCGCUGGUGAAGAAAUGUAACAGCACAGGCUCACUGGACCAAACCAAUCUAUCGGCCCGGAGUAAAGAUGUCCGCCACCUUUGCGGCAUUGAUGCCCACGGUUACUUGUCCAACACGUGGACGGAGGGAAGCGCAAGAGCUCCACCCAUCAUCAUCGAUGGAUUCCCUGUGCCCUUCUCCUCCCAAGUCAAGGGCCUCGGCGUCAUUCUGGACAGCACCCUCUCAUUUGCACCUCAUAUUAAAAACAUCACCCGGACUGCAUUCUUCCACCUCCGCAACACCUCCAGACUCCGCCCAUCACUGUCCCUUUCCAGCACUGAAAUCCUGGUUCACUCAUUUGUCACAUCCUGCAUCGACUACUGCAACGCCCUCCUCACCGGCCUCCCCACCAAACUCAUCAACAGACUGCAAAUCAUUCAGAACUCGGCCGCCCGGAUCACCACCUGCACCAAAUCAUCUGACCACAUCACCCCUGUUGUCAUCCAACUUCACUGGCUCCCUGUACAAUACCGCAUCCACUACAAAACCCUUCUCCUCACCUACAAAGCUCUCCACAACCUCUGUGACCUCCUUCAGGAAUACACCCUCCCGCACCCUCCGCCCAACCUCUGCUGGACUCCUCACCAUCCCCACCUCACGCCUCAGUACCAUGGGUGGUACAUUUACACCUACACUACAUUAGCCUCCUGA